AAAAAUAGAUUAUUUAGAGUUUUGGUAACAAUCAACGGCGUUUGUUAGGUGAUUGUGUUUUUAUUAUUGAUGUUAUAUAAACAUAGAUAUUUUGAUCGGAGUUUUGAUCGGCGACGAUGGAGAGAAACGUCGAGAAGAUGCUGAAGAGAGUAUCAAUAGUGUUCUUAAGCAUCGGAACAGUAUUAAUGGUAAUUAUGAUUCUCCAGACACCAAAAACUUGUAUUUCUCCAGAAGCUCCAUCGAAACCUCAUACGCAUUUCCCGAGAUCUACAUGCGAUUCAUCGCCUCGUCAGCAUCUUCCUCUCCCAAAGAAGAACGCUCGAAUCUGGUCCUCUGGAGCUUGGAAAUCUCGUCUAUACUCCUUCUCUACCUACUUCCUCCGAUUUCGCGAUCUCGGAUUCAUUCAAAAUCACACCAAAGCUCUCUGUCUCUCCGCCGGAGCAGGCCAUGCUCUGAUGGCUCUUUCUCAGAUCGGAUUAUCUGAUGUUACCGCAGUUGAAUUGGUUGAUUCGAUUCCUCUUGUGAAAAGAGCUGAUCCUCAUAACCUUCCGUUUUUCGACGGUGUCUUUGAUUUUGCCUUCACUGCACAUCUAGCUGAAGCUCUGUUUCCGUGGCAGUUUGUGGAGGAGAUGGAGAGGACGGUGAGACGUGGCGGAUUUUGUGUGGUUUCGGUUGAUGAAUGUGGUGGAGAUGAUGUAAGAGACAUUGCUAGGCUUUUUCAUAACUCCAAGGUCGUUGAUGUUGCUAAUGUAACCUUAGAAGGAUCCAAAAAGACUAGUAUACUAUUCAAAGUUCAAGACUCUCCUACCUGAGGUGUUUUAUUUCUCUUUUGAUUUAUAGGCCCUUUCCGGAUUCUCAGAAAACUGCUUCAAUAUUCAUAGAGUGGAGCUAGAUUUGUUUCUGUUGAAAUUCACUUACAUGUUUGAAAAGCAGGAGAUUUAACAGAUUAUGUGGUAACAUUGUUCAAAGACCAUGACCAUAUUUGUUCUGGAUCCUAAAGCAAUGUUUUGUUGAGGGAAGCUGCGAUGUUUGUUGCGAGUUCAAGAUCCAGAACAAAAGCUUUCUACAGGUUAAUAUCUUUUUUUUUGGAAGUUGGUCUCUGAGCUAAACAAUUCUUAGGAACCUUGGUCGCUUUUGAAACAAGUAAAGAACUUUCAACAGCUUUUGAAGACUUUAGUGUGUGAUGAAAGAAAGUACUUUCUUUCCAGGUGAGGUUCACGUUUCAAUCUGUUAGAGCUCUCCUGUGUACUAUUUGUGAGUUAAGUAAAAUACUCUUUAGUCAUUUUGUAUACUUAGAAAGAACAAAAUUCUUAUUGGUGAAUAAAAGGCUCUUAC